UUUUAUGUGUUUAUAUCUUUCGGAAUCUCACAACCUGUCAAAGGAGAAAGUGUUUUCCCCAUUGCUGCUGCGCCAAACAGGGUCUUAGAUCUGAAUGAGAGCCCACAUUCUCUGGUUCAGAGAAUGUGCUUUCGGGUUCUAGAUCUUGAGAGCUGUAAAUACAUUUGAGUUGUUUGGUACUAAAAUCUAUAUGCUAUAAUUCCACUUUGAGAUUUUGAAAAAAGAUGGUAUUUUGGGAAGGGUAUGUGAGUGAUGAGGCAAUGGGGACCUUUGCACCGAUUGUGGUGUACUGGUUGUAUGCCGGGUUUUACCAGCUGCUGCCGCCGUUGGAUAGAUACCGAUUGCAUACUCGAAGAGAGGAGGAUGAGAAGAACUCGGUGCCCCUUCCCUCUGUCGUAAAGGGAGUUCUGCUUCAACAGCUUGCUCAGGCCACUGUGGCACAGGGGCUAUUUGUGUUGACCAAAGAGGCCAAUAUAGCUGGUAUCACAAUUCAGCCGUCCAUCCUUGUCCAGAUUGUGCAGAUUGUUGUUGCAAUGCUUGUCAUGGACACGUGGCAAUACUUUGUGCACCGCUACAUGCAUCAGAACAAGUUCUUGUAUCGCCAUGUUCACUCUCAGCACCACAGACUUGUUGUUCCCUAUGCAAUUGGAGCCCUUUAUAACCACCCACUUGAGGGUCUUCUACUUGACACUUUUGGCGGGGCUCUCUCUUUUCUAGUCUCGGGAAUGACUGCACGGACGGCUGUUAUAUUCUUCUGCUUUGCUGUGGUCAAAACAGUAGAUGAUCACUGUGGACUUUGGUUGCCUGGUAACAUCUUCCACAUUUUCUUCCAAAACAAUACUGCGUAUCAUGAUAUUCAUCAUCAACUUCAAGGCUUGAAGUAUAACUAUUCUCAGCCAUUCUUUCCCAUAUGGGAUAAGAUUUUUGGAACUUACAUGCCUUACAGUCUUGUAAAGAGACCUGAUGGGGGUUUUGAAGCGAAGGCAAUGAAAGCAGCAAAAGACUAGUCGGAAGAAAACAGUACUAAUCCUAGCUCACUUCACACAUGAAGUUAAUUUGCUGAGACUUGUCAUUCAGAGGAAUCUGAAUUAGAUCUGAUACAAUGAGGCUAUGGUCUAGGCUCUAGCAGGAGGGUUUUGUCAUCCGAGUUGGUUCCCUUUUCUGUUGUGGUAAAAAAUUUAUUUGAUUGGUUGCAUUAAUCUUACCAAUCUGUGCCUUGUGAAUGUAAGUGUGUCUAAUUUGUAGCAUAUUUGUUCAUGAUUAUGUGACAGUUUUCAGGCAUCGAACCUGUCGACAUUGAUGUACUUGGAGUUGUAUGAGGGAUUGAGGCAUGAGAUUUAGGUUCUGUUUGAAGCCAGUAUCACGUUCACCACCACGGUGCAAUGCCUAUAUA